CUGACGUUUAAGCUAAGACACUUCUGCAUUUCAUUGACGUAUACUGGUCUGCCAAGUUUUGUUAUGUGAUUACAGUCGCGAGAUAAAUCUAUAGAUAUACAAUUCAUCGAUCUAUCACAGAUACAUCAGGAUAUCUAUCACGGAAAUAUCGAAUAAUUACUGCGUAAUUAAUGUCGUGGUUAAUAAAAACCAAUCGAAAGGAUAUAGUACGUUAAUAUAAUUGCAUUAUUUUUAGCUUAAACUUGCAUGUUUUACUCAAUUUUUUAAUAAUAUAUACUUAUAUCUCCCGAUAAAAAAACAUGUCUGUUUUUUUACAAUUUAUUAAAUCGAUCUCUAUAAUCGACGUGAUAAAAUUAGUCAUGUAUUUGGCAUUAUUCUGCAAUUUUUCCAAUGCAAUAACAGACGUAAAAACUCAGCUACAUGCAUUUCCCGAGAAAAUAUCGUGGAUCAACUGGGAGCAGUCGAAAGAUUUUAAAUUCAAUCCUGAUGCCACUUUCGAUACGAUGGAAAUGAUAAAAAGAGAAGGUUAUCCUGCAGAAACUCAUGUUGUAACGACAGAAGAUGGUUAUCUCUUAGUAUUACAUCGUAUUCCAGGUGGCAAUAACUCUCUACCUGUAUUAUUGCAACACGCUGUGUUAUGCACCUCCGCCGACUGGAUCAUUCUUGGCAAAGGCAAAGCACUCGCUUAUCUAUUAGCGGAUCAGGGAUAUGAUGUUUGGUUAGGCAAUUUUCGUGGUAAUACCUAUUCAAGGGCGCAUAUUUCUCUGUCUCCGUUGGAAUUAAAAUUUUGGGAUUUUAGCUUUCACGAAAUGGGUAUCUAUGAUUUACCCGCGAUGAUUAAAUUUAUCACAAAUAUGAAAUCGCAACCAUUGCACACGUACGUUGGUCAUUCGAUGGGUACAACUAGUUUUUAUGUAAUGGCAUCGGAGCGUCCGGAAAUCGCACGAAUGGUACAAAAGAUGAUCAAUUUUGCGCCGGGAGUCUUUAUUGACAAAGUAGAAAGUGCAUUAAAAUAUAUCAAUCCUUUCUUGAGAGAAUUUAAGAUAAUCAUGCGGUUAUUCUUUCACGACGAAUUAUUGCCGCAAAACGAUUUUUUGAAAUUUACUUCGAAAUAUAUCUGCCCUCAGAAUUUUAUCACGCAACAGUUAUGUGCCAGUAUAAUAUUUUUGAUCUGCGGAAAUGAUCCUGAACAAUUUAAUUACACUCUUCUACCUGUAAUCCUGGGCGUCGAUCCAGCCGGCACCUCGACUAAAACUUUUCUACAUUUCAAUCAGAUAAACCAUGCAAGCAAGUUUCGCCAAUACGAUUACGGUCGCGAGAAAAAUCUGUUGAUGUACAAUUCGCCGGAACCCCCGGAUUAUAAUCUAGCAAAUACCACAUUACCUAUCGCAUUGUUUUAUGGUCUUGGAGACUUGCUAGUUAACAUCGUGAAUGUCAAGAGACUCUAUCGCAUAUUACCCAACGUAAUCGACUUAUAUGAAGUGCCAUGGCGCAAAUUCAAUCACGUCGAUUUUAUAUGGGCCAAGGAUGCUCCAAAACUCGUGUACGAAAGAGUUAUCAAGAUUAUGAGAAAUGAGAAUUUAAAUAAUGUUACAUCUACGAAAUAAUGUUACGUCAAUAAUAGAAAUAAUAAUUAAAGAUAAAUAUUAUUUGUAUCGUACUCGCUGUUUAUUGGAAAGUUAUUGAUAAAUAAAUCUACAUAAAA